AUGGAAUUACCGGAUUUUUCAUCGCUAUAUGAAGCUGAGUCGGCUUUGGAGCGCUUGGAAGAAUCUCUCGAAAAAUCUAUUCCUAGCACACAAAACCAAUUCCAGAAUCCUCAUCUAGGCGGCAGAGUAGGCCCAGCAAGACCACAACCACGAAGGCAAAAACCCCAAUAUGUUACCGACGGUAUAUGUGGUCUUGCUUUCGGAACUAUGAAUCCAGCAUUUGCCAAUCCCUUGGGUAUUUGUUGUCAAAUGCUCUUCUUUACUCAACAGGAGUACGAUCGACACAUCUCUGAGCAUGUUCCCUGUCCUGGUCUGCCAGGGAUUGAAAAUAGCAGUUGCUGCAAAAAUAUUCACCCUUCGACUAUCAAAAUUCACUUGGAAAUAGAACAUAGGAAGAAAACUAAAACUGAUGAGGCUGUAGAGCAAGAUGAAGCUUUGAAAAGUUGGCGUGAAGCUCGUGCAAAGAAAUAUCCCACUUUCGAACGUGUACAGGCCAAAAUUCGAGAGGUGGGUUACCGUAUGAACAGAGGGCAAAUCUUUGUGACACGAAAAUUCGGAUCUCUUAAUAAACGCGCCCCACUCGAAUUGCAGCCACUCCCAGAUAAAGUAGUUAAACGAUUUAAAUCGGCACCCGAGAAUGACGAUUCAAACCAGAUGGGAGAUGAAAAAUUAGUGUCGAACAGGCAUAAUGCAUCAGCCAUUCAAGAAGACGCAAAUCUUAACGAAUCUGAACAUAUCGAUGAGGACGAGAAAAUCUUUUCCGAUAAUGAGGAAGAAGAGAAAGGUAAAAGUGACGAAGGAAACGAAGGAGAUCAAGAUGUUGUCGAAUCGGAUAAAUUGGAAGAAUACGGUCAGGAAUCGCCAAAGAAUCCUGAUGAUGAUGAGACUCCAAUCUUAGAUGACGAGGAGGAUUUAGUUGAUAAGCUGGAAGUCCCACUUAAGGAACAACCCGGACCAUCUAUUGCUGACCUCAAUUACGACAGUGAUCGUAGCUGGUCGGGGCAACUCGAUGACGAUGAAGAUGCAGGCGAAAAUGGGUCGAAACCUAAAUCUUCUACUAAUGACAAAAUAAGUAAGCUUGUACCAAUAGUUGACUACGAGAGUUCCUCUGAGGAAUCCAUGGAAGACGAUGCAGGUGAUGCUAAAAUUGCACCUCGUUUUUCGCCUCCGAAAAACCUCAAUCUUAUUGAUCAACUUGGCUUCUUUAAACCUCAAACCCCCUGUGAGGACGAAGCGAAAGGAGAAAAGGAAGAUGCAAAGAACACUGAAGAGGGCGGCACACUCCAAAAUCGUAACAGACGACGUCGAGAUCGUCACUCUCAAAUGCGUCGAGGUAGACGAAAUCGCCUUGGGCCUUCCUCCAGGCGUCCAAACAGAGACGUUGCAGAUGAAGAAGACGACUUACUGAAACCUCCAUCAGCUGUUGAAUUAGAAUUGGGUCUUGAGUUGGAUGAAAUUUCUUCAAAAGGUGGUCAAAAGGCCUUUGCGAACCAUCCAGUUGUGGAAAUGGCCAGAAAAAGACGUCUCUGUAUGAGAAGAGCCUCAACCAUAUUGAAACGACCAACUCUCCUACAUAUGUUGCUUGCUGAGGAAAUACGACACGAAAGAAACCAGUUAAUGCAGUGUGUUCGUUUCGUUGUCAACAAUAACUUCUUUUUACCCAAAUGA